AUGAAUGCUAUUGAGAAGUUAGACAAAAUUUUACGACGUAUAAGUAGCAAGACUCGACGUACUACAACAAGACGUGUAAACUAUCAUCCAGAAGUUUCCAGUUCGGGUAGUGAUGAAGAUGAUUUAGUAGAACAACAAACGGAUACCUCAAAAAAUGAUCGAAAAGGUGCCGGUAAUCGUCGGACAUAUUUGAAGCCGAUAGUGCCAGCUAUUCAAAAUAUCGGGACGACAACAGUAACAAAGCAAUCCUCAGAACAACUGGAGAGAGCAUAUAAUCUGCAGCAACAGCAACAACAAUUACAGUGCGACGAACAGAAGAAUAAAGAGGAUGAACAUCCGAAGAUUGCGGAAACUCCUGAUGACCAAAUGUUAAGUGAUAACAACUGCGAGACUUUCAAAUCCUUAUUACCACCUUCCAGGCUGUCAGGUCAGGUUGUGGUGGGCUGCGCUACUCACGAUAAAUCAUGUGAAUCCGAAGAUGCCGAUUACGUGUCCGAUUAUUCUACCUACGGAGUGCAGCGGAGUGCAACACGGAAAUCCAUUUAUGAAUUGGAUAUGUCUAUGGAUGAAUCGUUGCCGGAAUCAUGUGGACGUGAAAGUGGUUACUUGUCGGGAAUUGAUGUACGCUACAGCAUAUCAGCUGCCGAAUCACCUGCAUUGUCACCGCUCGGGGUAGCUUUUUUUCGAGCUCAACCAUUGUUCCAGCGUACGCUUGGAACGAUCACACAACAAUCUUUUGACAGUGAAGAGUUCCAAAAGAACGGAAAGGAUAAUCUGAAAGUGGUUGCCGUUCCACGACAAAUUGGCAUUGCAAGAGAUCUGAAGCUUCGGGAUGAGGAAGCCAAGAUACCGGAUUAUGUAAGUACUGAAAAGCUACUCCGGGAUAGCAUUGCGGAAACAAAAUACAUAACAACGAUCUUUGAGCUUUCUUCGGGUGGUAUCGUUGGUUUAAUUGAUGACGUCCUCAAUGAAUUUAGUUUGUGGUUCCAUGAAGAGAUUGGCCUUCUUGGAAUUGCAUGUGAGGUGCAAUGGUCUGUACCGGAGAAACACCGUCAUCUUGCCUCUGAAAAAAGUAUACGAAAUAACGUUGAUUACUUAAUUACUUUUGAGGACGAAGGAGAUAUUUUCCCUUCUACCUCAAUGAAGGAAGCCCUUCAUCAUUCACUUCGGCAAAACAACCGCCGUGUACUAAAUAUGAAAAGUAGAACUGGUAACUAUCACUUGCCGUUAACGAUGAUAUCAGCUAUAACAGAGGAAAACUGUGCACGCGAUUGUCAGUUAAAUUGCUUUCAAGGUGUUUAUCGUCGUUUCUACAUGUCGUUGUUGCCGUAUCAACAUACAGACGCAGGUGUAUUGCACAGACCGUACUGGAAUUUACGUGAUAUCAGUCGACCAAAUCCACAAAUGCCAAAUCCGGAGCAAUUCAUUUUUGGACGUGAUGCGACUAAACUUGAUGUCGGCAGUUUGGUUGCUGUCAAUGUUGUUGCACUGAAAAUUGCACUAUAG